CACCAGCCUCAUUCCUACUUUGGACAUCUCAUCACCAUGAGCAGCAGCGACUCCGCCGUGUGGCACACCAUGUACCCGUCCGAACUGGCCAACACAACGUCCAACCCUAUCCGUAAGAUCGUGGACAACAUCAAAAUGCCGCAGAACCCCGUCAAGCCCAUCAUCCGGCUGUCGUUGGGCGACCCGACGGUGUUUGGCAACUUGUCGUGCCCGGACGUCCUCACCGACGCCAUCAUCCGCAACGUCAAGUCCCACAACCACAACGGAUACAUCCACUCGGCCGGCACGGAAGCCGCGCGCGCCGCCAUCGCCGCGCGGUACGGCUCGGUGGACGCGCCAUUGACCAAGGACGACGUGAUCAUCGCGAGCGGCGGGUCUGGCGCGUUGGACAUGGCCAUCACGGGCAUUUGCAACCCCGGCGACAACAUCUUGAUCCCUCGUCCAGCAUUCUCGUUGUACCAAGUGAUCGCGGACGCGCACAACAUCCACGUGCGGUACUACGACCUGCUCCCGGAAAAGAAUUGGGAGGCCGACCUAGUCGGCAUGGCGUCUCAAAUCGACAGCCGGACGCAGGCCAUCGUAAUCAACAACCCGUCCAACCCGUGUGGGUCUGUGUUCUCCAAGGAACACUUGCGCGGGAUUCUCAAAGUCGCCGAGACCCAUCGCGUGCCCAUCAUUGCCGACGAAAUCUACGGAGACAUGACGUACGGCGGCACCACGUUCUUCCCCAUCGCGUCGCUGACCACGACCGUGCCCGUGGUAUCUGUGAGCGGUUUGGCCAAGCAGUUCUGCAUCCCCGGGUGGCGCGUCGGCUGGAUCGCUGUGCAUGACCGCCACGACAUUCUCAAGGACAUCCGCACGGCAUACUUUAAGCUGUCGACGAUUGUACUUGGUGCCAACUCGCUCGUGCAAAGUGCCAUUCCGGACAUCCUGACGCCGGCCCCCGGCAGCGAAGAGGAAAAAUCGCUCGCGGCGUUCAAAACCAAAUACUACUCGACGUUGGAGGCCAACGCCCAGUUCACGCUGGACACGCUCCAGACGAUCCCGGGACUUCACGUCGUGGUGCCCCAAGGCGCCAUGUACGUCAUGUGUGGCAUCGACAGGACGUUGCUCGCCGACAUUGCUGACGACCUCGACUUUACCCAGAAAUUGCUCCUCGAAGAAGGAGUGUUUGUCCUGCCAGGCCAAUGCUUCAACAUCCCCAACUUUUUCCGCGUCGUGUUCUCGGCGCCCCAAGACAAGUUGGCCGAAGCCUACGAACGCAUUCGUGUGUUUUGCCAACGUCACUCGAAAUAAACCAGCCUUCCCGUUUAAUCCAAUAAAUCUAACAAUAAAUCUAAUCGUGACCAACCACUUCUUGGUCCACUGCACCUUGUC